AUGAACCACAUCCGCAUAAUUCCUCUCAUUUAUUUCAAGGCAGUAUCAUCAUGGGCCGAUCCCAGACCGCCCCAUGCCUCCAAUGCCGAUAUCGCAAGGUCCGCUGCGAUCGCCAACAAGAUACAUGCGGUAACUGCAAGAGAUUGGAAUUCCCUGCUCAUACCGGCGGAGCGUCUCUUGCAAGGAGACCAAGAAGCAGAAAAACGAAUCCGUGCCACCGGAACGGCAGCGCGCAAGUCGGGCGUGUUCCGAAUGCCGUCGCCAGAAGGCGCGCUGCUCAGGCGAUCUCCCCAGCUUACCCUAUUUCCCAUCCGUCGUCAGGAGCUUCUGCGCGCUAUUGAUCAAUUCUUCCGCCAUCUGUACCCCAUUCCGUCCUUUGCAUUCCUUCAUGAGCCUUCAGUUCGACAGCACUGCCUGGACGGUAUUCUAGACCAAAGCCUUGCGUUGUCCCUGGCAGCCGUCACCAACGCAUAUCUUUCCACGGAUCAACGCUUACUGCAGGAGUGCGCAUCAUGGAUGCUCAGAGCCGAGGCAGAAAAUAUUCAACAUCUGCACCAGCCAUCCAUCCGUCGGGUCCAGACUCUUCUGCUGACAGUUCAUUAUUAUAUCCGCAUCGGCGAGUUUGCACGCGCCUACAUGCUAGUAGGACUAGCUGCACGAGCUGCUACGGCUCUGCGACUCAACUACGAGCGCCCAGAGCUUACCUUUGUUGCCCAGGAGACGCGCCGGCGCGUGAUAUGGGCGUUGACGAGCAUCGAUGGUUAUUUCUCCGUUGGUCUUCCGGAGCAUGAGACUAUCUCUUACGCCAUUAUCUAUCAGAGAUGGCCUUGCCAUGAAGAGGAAUUCUCCGAUGGAAACCCCCAGAGAUCGACUGGAUCCAUCCAAAACUUGACAAAACCCAACUCAGCCAAGACCCCCAACUUGCUGUCAGCAUGUCACCAGAUCAGCAAGAUACAGCGAGAUGUCAUGCGGUUAACCCGACAGCUUGCAAUAUCCGAGGAGCCAUUGGCGGCACUUCCUGGCCUCGUUCAGGAAAUUCAGAAUGAUCUGUGGCGCCUGCACGACGACGUGGAACUGACGUCUCAGUUCUCCAUUUCAGCCAUGGCCCGACAACUGGAGAUGAAGCACUCUCAGUGGUUUGCACGCUAUUUGCUCACUGCACUUUCGUGGCAUCAGGUCCAUUGUGAUCUCUACCGGAUCUUCUUGCCCGGAUAUCCUGAGGCAGUUCCAUCCAGGAUCAUGAAUACAACAGACGCGAACUUCUGUGAGCAUGCGGUUCGAAUGUGUCAUAUACAUGUCAUGCAGGUUACUGAGAUCCUUGCCGGGGUGUUAUCGCUCUCGGAUAUACCCGUGCUGCCACACUAUGUUGCUGUCUGUGCCUACCAAAGUGCGCGGCUAAUUUUGUUUCUGCCAUCUUUACACUGUUCACGACCUGAGAUCACUACAGAAAGCGCCAUCCGCAGUGCUAACUUGGCAUUGAGCGUCCUGCAUGCGUUCUUCUCGUCCACCCCUUUUGCGGAGAGGAUUAUUACCGAUUUAGAACACCUUGUGCAAGCGUCGGUCAUGUCGCCUGUGACGGCCAGAGAACUAGGGUACGUAUCGAGCGCUCAGUCCGAUAGUGGCCGGCAGCGGCAUAGCCAACUGGCGGUGCACAGUUUGGUCCGUCAAGCGAAGUUUGAGGAUGACGACUACGAGAAUUAA